GGCGCGCGGUGGCUACAAGUGCCACGGCGGUGAUCGGGGACUUUCCCGAGGAGCCCUGCCGGGACACGCGCGUGGUGCUGCAGGCGCACUGGGUAACCAAGGUUGGAGGAAACCUGUCUUCUCAUUGAGGGCUUCUGUCACAGGAAUGUGAGGACCUGGUGCCAAAGUGUCAACAGCUGUGUCUGCAGAGGCCAUGUGGGCCUCUGAAGCAGCACUGCUGGCGGUGCAGCCUUAGCUCCUGCUGGAUUCUUUUCUAACUGGGUUGCUAUUGGCAAAAUUUCUGGAAGCAGCGGGGGGAUGUCUGACUAGCUCCUAUGGAGCUCCAAUACAUUGCAAAGGAGAGCAGCCAGGUUGGCCUGUGCGGUGCUGUGGACUGGAGUCCCGGGGGGCCUCCCGCUGACCAGGCAGAUGCAGAGGCCACCAAAGCUGCUCUCUGCUGCCAGAGACACUGCACAUUGCCACCAGGAGCAGCGGAGAUGGAAGAGUCUAAACGUAGCCCUUCUCUAGCAUCCUCCUCCUCCCCUCUGCAAGACAGUGUUAUCCAGCCAGACUUCUUCCCACCAGGACCGCUCAACUCAGGGAACCACCACAUAACAGCAGAACGGCAAGUCUGCAAUUGCUGCAGCCAGGAAUUAGAAACUUCUUUUACCUAUGUGGACGAGAAUGUGAACUUGGAGCAGAGGAACCGGAGCUCCCCUUCAGCAAAAGGGAGUAACCACUUGGGAGAUCUUGGCUGGGGAAAUCCAGAUGAGUGGUCGCACGAGGCUGCCAUAUCCUUGAUAUCCGAAGAUGAAGAUGACACAAGUUCGGAAGCCACAUCUGCAGGGAAGUCAGUGGACUAUGGUUUCAUCAGCGCCAUCUUGUUCUUGGUCACUGGCAUCUUGCUGGUGAUCAUCUCUUAUGUUGUUCCACGGGAAGUGACUGCGGAUCCCAACACCGUGGCUGCCAGGGAGAUGGAACGCCUGGAGAAGGAGAGCGCAAGGCUGGGGGCACACCUGGACCGGUGUGUGAUUGCUGGGCUCUGCCUGCUUACGCUUGGGGGGGUCGUUCUGUCCUGUUUGCUAAUGAUGUCUAUGUGGAAGGGGGAGCUGUAUCGUCGCAACAGGUUUGCCUCUUCCAAAGAGUCUGCAAAACUCUACGGUUCUUUCAACUUCAGGAUGAAAACCAGCACUAAUGAAAACACCCUGGAACUGUCCUUGGUAGAGGAAGAUGCUCUCGCUGUACAGAGUUAACUCUGGUUGUGAGCUUCUUGAGAAUCUACCUUGGCAUUUUAUAUGAAACAACAGAGAAAAACAAACCAUAUUUCUUAAAAUUAAUAGUGCAGUUUGUUUGCCUGACAAGAAAAGUUUAUUUCCCAAACCAACAGCCUGUGAGUGUUUUUGUUCUCCAUGUUUUUUUUUUAAUUUUAUUAUUAUUAUUCAGAAGAAAAGUCAUGCAAGAAGCAUUAAGAAACCACAACCAGCUAUACAAGUCCUACUAAAGAGCUGAGACUAGUUAAUCUGUAAUGGCCAUCAGCUUCAGCUUCUAUAGCAAAAUAUUCCUAACAACCCAGUGUACAAAUGAUUUCUUUUAUAAGAUAUGGGAUAUUAUUUUUUGGACACUAGGAGUCUCAUACACAAUCAGAUCAAUCAUAGUAAUAUGUAUUUUGUGAAAAAGAACAUAAGCACUAAUCAGGUAAUAAGGCUUAUAUUUAAUUCUCAAAGGUUCUUAUCUAUUGUCUUGCUAAAGUUUUUCUUCUUAUAAUUUGUCUAAACACUAAAAUACAGUGUUUUGAAUUUGAAUAUUUUGAAACUUGGGGCAUUGGUUAUUUUUUAAAAACUAUAAAAUCACAUGUUACAUUUAAAAUUAUUCCUGUACUCAGAAGUGCUAAGUCAUUAGAAUAAACUUUCUAGUAAAAGAAAAUUAUAAAAUCAUUGUAAGACCAAUCUGAAUUUAACCUAUAGUGGUAGUACCAGAUAUUAGCCAGUAUCGCAUACCCAUUUUCUAGAUGAAGUAAAAUUAGUAGCAGAUAAAAAUUUCAUUUUCUGUUUGUGGUUUAGCCAUCGUACUGGUUAUCCAUGCUCUUGAAGUUUUUCCUCAUUCUCACACCAGCGAGGCAAAGUGUAAGAUAGUUUUAAUAUAUUUCCAGACAUCUGAACAUCUAGGCAGGCGUGAGUCAUUGGCUCAGACAUACUCCUAGGUGACAUUUUGUUGUUGUUUGGAGAAAACUUCUAAUAUAAUAGCAACUAGACUUGGGGACUGUGCCUAGAAGUCAGUAUCACUUCACUUGCUGUAGGCCAAGUAACAAGAUACUGCCCCAGGAUGGCAGCAGUUCUUAAACCCAUAGCCAAAAAAUUAAAAUGGAGGCGAGGUGUGGAGGGGAAAGAGAGAGAGAGAAGGGGUGCUGAAACACACUGGUUCAGUGAGAACUGCACUCCUCACCAUGGUCUAGGUAUCACUGUGCCCUCCUUAUAUCCAGGCCCUAUCCAGUAACUGUGAGCUCUUGCCUCAUGAAGUUCAAACUCUUCCUCUCUGAGAGGGAUGAUGGGCUGUGUGGUCACAAGUGUGCAAAACACACACCCAGUGUCCGCACUAACACACCAUCUCUGUAUGCUAAUGGUUCAGGAAGGGGGUGGGGAAUGCAGCCUCAGAAAUAUCUUACAUUUUGCAACUGUUCCUUGAGUUGUUCCCAACCUCAUGUUGGAGGGUUUGUUUGAACUUCCAUUACUGUGUUACCACAAUCACUGGUGUUACCACACAACCCAUGGCGUCAUUCUUAAAAGAGGACUGGAGCUGGGAAUUGGGGUGGGAGGCAAGGCAUGCGGAAGUGAGAAAGUGAUUUCUUUGUAGAUUCUAAAGCCUAAUUCUAAUGCCUGAAGUUUUCGCUGUGAUUGAGGACUGUGAAAUAUGUGGGUGACUUUGGCUAGUGUGUGUGUGAGUCAGGAUAUGUAGGUGAAUGAGCGCUUGUGGGUGUCAGAGAGCGAUGUGAUGAAUUAGGUAUGCAGUGUGUUACUCAGGGUCAAGGAGAAACACAAAAGAGAGGAUCAGAGGAUAGUAAAACUAGAGAGGACAGGUGUGUGAAAGGGAAAAAUGAGAAAUGAUAUGGACAGCAGAGGAAGCUAGAUGGAGAUCAGUACCCUACAGAAUAUGCUAUUAUUGAUUCAGAAAGAAUGGGGACAGUAUACACAUGGUUUCUUUUUUCUGUUGCUGUUCUUUGUGCUUUUUGAACAAACUUUUUGUUUUACUGUGACUCUCAUGUAAUUUUGUGGUUUGUGUUGAGGCCAGCUUACCAGUGGUAGAAAUCUCAUAUUCUGAAGGUUUGUAAAUUGUCAGCUUCUCGUCUGCUUGAGGACCCUCUUUAGAUGACAUUGAGCCAAUCAGGGUACGAUCUCCUGCUUGGCUGAGUGAGUAGG